UGGUAGAGCAACGGCUGCUGAUGCUAACAGGAGCAAGGUGGCAGCUGCUGGGCAUAAAAGUGAUGGAGCUGAAGGGCUGCCGGCUUGACCAUGAAGUCGAGCGGGGGUGCUGCAUCCGAUCUGGAGGAGCUGGAGAGUGGCAGCAGCGAGAGCAGCUCCGGCCAUUCCCUGCCUGGCACCGGGGCCCAAAGCAAACGCAAACGCAAGAGCCCUCGGCUGAGUGGUCACAACAAGCAGAGGCAGGCAGCCAAUGCUCGGGAAAGGGACAGAACCCACAGCGUCAACAGUGCUUUCAGCGCCCUCCGCACACUCAUCCCAACCGAGCCUGCAGACCGUAAGCUGUCCAAGAUCGAAACCCUGCGCCUGGCCUCGAGCUACAUCUCGCACCUGGCGAAUAUGCUGCUCCUACAGCAGCAGCAGCAGCAGCAGCAACAAUCCAGUGGGAACUUGGCUGAGGAGGCCUUGCUUGUGAGGCAGCCCUGCCUGCAGUAUCAACCUCUCCUGCAAGGAAGCCCUGCCUCAGGGAGCCCAAGAUCCAUCUGCACCUUCUGUCUGAGCAGCCAGAGGAGACUGCAGACCAGUUCCAAGGGCCUUUUUGCAGAUGAAAUUGAACACGGUGAGGAAAGUUGCACCUGGCGUGGCAGCUAUUUUCGUGCAAGAAAUGCUAACCCUAAGCAGCCGAUGCCUCCCAAACUGAUGUCACAUGAUGGAACUUGAGCUUCCCAACAUCCAGCAUCUCCUUAUCGUGGAGAUUUCAAGUGCAUCAGAACUUCUAACCACAACUGAACACACCAAGGAAUGGCAUUUUUCUCUUUUUCUUUUUUCUCAAGGGCUCCCUUGAAGCCCAAAGGUUUCCACUGAGAUGGAAGGUCUGUACCCAAAUUGUAGCAAGAAUGAAUACGAGGUCCCAGUUUAUCCAAUUUCAA